AUGUUUGUUGGCUUUCGUAUAAAAACCUAUGCCAAAUUGGGAAAAUUUUUUUAUUCUUCGAUGUUCUUUUACCAUAACUUUCAUUUACUGGCUUUUCUGCUCUUUACAAAAGAAGUUUCAGGUUAUUCAUAUAAUCGACCAAUACUUUUUUCUAACCCAACGUGGAAUCCGAAUGGUACAACAAUUGCGGAUGGAGCCCUAAUCGGAUCAAACCCAUUCGACAUAUUUAUUAAUCAGAAUAACACAAUCUAUAUUCCAAAUAAAACCAAUGGAAGAAUUCUCACUUUUCUUCAAGGAAACUUAAGUUUGAUCAAAUAUAUUUCUGCUAAUUUAACAAAUUCAUCAAGUUUAUUUGUCACAAUACAAGAUGAUAUUUAUGUUGAUACAUUUUAUUCAUCAGUUAGUGUAGUAAGUCAAAUCAAAUCAAAUUCAACGACUUUGAUUCCAAUUCCACGAAUGAAUUUUUGUCAACAAUGUUUUGACAUUUUUCUAAGUCUAAGUCAAACUCUCUAUUGUUCGUUAUCUGAGCAACAUCAAAUCAUCUCGAAAUCAUUGAUUAACGAUGGGGAUCAUUUGACAGUCGUUGCGGGAACAAGAAGUCCUGGUUCAACAUCAACAACACUUCGAAGUCCUAAAGGAAUUUUCGUUGAUGAAAGUAAUCAAGAUUUAUUCGUCGCAGAUUGUGGAAAUCAUCGCAUUCAAUUAUUCAAGUAUGAAAUAAUGACUGGAAUAACUGUAGUUGGAAAUGGAUCUUUGAAUUUUACAUUUGAUCUCAGUUGUCCAAGCGGAGUUGCUUUAGAUAAUCAAAGCUAUUUAUUUAUUGUCGAUUCGAAUAAUAAUCGGAUUAUUGGUCAAAAUGCGCAAGGUUUUCGUUGUUUAGUAGGAUGUUCUGGAUCACAAGGAGCAAAUGCAGAUCAAUUAACAUAUCCGUCGAGUCUUAGUUUUGACUCGUUCGGAAAUCUGUUCGUCGUUGAUCAACAAAAUAAUCGAAUUCAGAAAUUUGAUUUGAUUCCAGCAUUGUGGAAAGUGACUGGAAGCAUGAGUGUUGCACGAUGUUAUCAUACAGCAUCAGUGUUAUCAGAUGGAAAAAUAUUGGUCAGUGGUGGACGUAACGGUACUACACAUCUCAAUAGUGCUGAAUUGUAUGACCCAUCGACCGGUACUUGGACAAUGACUGGAAAUAUGCAUGAUGCGCGAUAUUACCAUACAGCGUCAAUGACAUUAAAUCGAACAAUAUUAGUAGCUGGUGGAGCUAGUAAAGGUAUUGGAAUCGACAGCGCAGAACUAUAUUGA